UGUAUCCAUCUCUCUCCUCCCUGUGACGUCGCUCGGUCUGGUCCCGGGGUGCGCUGCUCUCCAGUCCCGUCUCAGCAGAAACCCACUUCAGUUGCUGCCUCCGUCCGUGCACACACAGAAACCUGCGGUGCGACGCGCGCGUUCCGGUGCGGCGAGGUGCGUUGCGGGCACCCGGUGUCCUUCUUCUUCUUCUCCCACUCCACGCUGCCUGUCUUGUCCCAAAUUAUCAGUGAACUGUUUCCACACUCCGCUUGAACAGAGAGAGAGAGGAGAGAACCUGAGGCGUUGAAUAAGAGGGAGAGGGCGGAAAAAGGAGAAGGAGGAGAGACGGAGAGAGAGGAAAGAAGAAAGAAAGAGAGGAGAGAAGUCGCCGUAGUCGCUCUCCUUCCUCGAGCUGAACCUCCACCGAGAAGAUGCUGAGAAUAGCCGGCGUGUUGGCUGUAGUGGCUCUGGGGUUGAGCGCCGCUCACACCAAAGUGAACAAACACAAGCCGUGGAUUGAGACAUCGUACCAUGGGGUGAUCACUGAGAACACUGACAUCGUUCUGCUGGAUCCUCCUCUGGUGGCCCUGGACAAAGACGCUCCCAUCCCCUACGCAGGGGAGAUCUGUGCGUUCAACAUCCACGGGCUGGAAGCUCCAUUCGAGGCAGUGGUGCUGAACGGUACAUCUGGUGAGGGCCAGCUGAGGGCCCGCGGCCUGGUGGACUGCGAGCUGCAGAAGGAAUACACCUUCAUCAUCCAGGCUCACGACUGCGGCUCUGGCCCCGGUGGCACGGAGGGCAAGAAGUCCCACAAGGCGGUGGUGCACAUUCAAGUCAACGAUGUCAAUGAGUUCGCCCCAGUGUUUCGGGAGCCCCAGUACCGAGCCACAGUGACGGAGGGCAAGAUUUACGACAGCAUCCUGCAGGUGGAGGCCACUGACCAGGACUGCUCCCCUCAGUACAGCCAGAUCUGCAACUACCAGAUCACCACCAGCAACACGCCCUUCGCUAUAGAUCGCAACGGUAACAUCCGGAACACGGAGAAGCUGAGCUACGACCGACAGCAGCAGUACGAGAUCCAGGUGACGGCCUGGGACUGCGGCCAGAAGAGAGCCCUGCACAGCGUCCCUGUCCGCAUUGACGUCAAGCCCGUCUGCAAGCCCGGCUGGCAAGAUUGGAGCAAGCGUGUGGACUAUGAGCCGGGGACAGGAAGCAAGCAGCUGUUUCCUAAAAUGCACCUGGAGACCUGUGGUGGGCCCCUGUCGUCGGUGAGGACCACAGUGGAGCUGCAGACCAGCCACAUCGGGAAAGGCUGCGACCGUGAGACCUACUCUGAGAAGUCUCUACAGAAACUCUGUGGGGCCUCAUCAGGCAGCACUGACCUUCUGCCUGCCCCCAGCACUGCCACCAACUGGACAGCUUCCCUGGUGACUGACAGCGGCAGGGACAGCGACUUGAUCUUCAGGUUUGACGGUCAUCAGGCAGCUAAAAUCCCAGACUGGGUGGUGCCCCAGAAUCUGACUGACCAGUUCACCAUAGCGACCUGGAUGAAACAUGGACCAAGUCCUGGGCUCAGAGCUGAGAAGGAGACACUGCUCUGUAACUCUGAUAAGACCGAGAUGAACCGUCAUCACUACUCGUUGUAUGUCCAUAAUUGCCGCCUGGUGUUCCUGCUGAGGAGAGACUUCACCCAGGUGGACACCUUCAGACCGGCCGAGUUUCACUGGAAACUGGAGCAGAUCUGUGACAAGGAGUGGCACUACUACGUCAUCAACGUAGAGUUCCCGGUGGUGACGCUCUAUGUGGACGGAGUGACCUAUGACCCCUACCUGGUGACCGACGACUGGCCCAUCCACCCCUCACAGAUUGACGUGCAGCUCACAGUCGGUGCCUGCUGGCAAGGUGGGGAGGUGACCAAGCCACGGUUCACUCAGUACUUCCGGGGCAGCCUGUCCGGACUGACCAUCCGACCGGGGAAGAUCGAGAGUCAGAAAGUCAUUUCCUGUCUGCAGGCCUGCAAAGAGGGACUAGACAUCAACUCCCUCGAGAGUCUGGAUAAGAACAUAAAGUUCCACUUUAACCCGGCCCAGUCUAUCUUGGUAAUGGAGGGAGAGGACUUGGAAAACAUGAACGCUGCUGUGAGGAAAGUUUCCUACAUAAACUCUCGUCAGUUUCCCACACCAGGCAUCCGACGUUUGCACAUCUCCACUGCCGUCCAGUGUUUUGGUGAAGACACUUGUAUUACCAUCCCAGACAUCGAUGCAGUGGUGAUGGUGUUGCAGCCCAGUGAGCCCAGGAUAACCAUCACUGGAGUGGAGAGACUAAACAAGCCAGUCUCAGACCUCAGAGCAUCAGGAGGCGUAGCCCUUUUCCAAGACCUCCACAUCAUCAGCACAGUCACCAGGGCAGAUGCCAUCACACAUCAUGCAGCACGUCGACAGGGAUUGCUCGAGGAGAUUAUUCACAACUUGGACUACUGUGACAUCCUGGUGUUGGGGGAGGAGCUGAGGCCAGACGAGGAGUCCCUCCAACUGCAGCGCAGCGCUCUACUUGGAAAACACCUGGACGCCACUAACUCCACCUCUGGCAUGUCCAUAUAUGGGGUGGACUCCAUGUCCAACUAUGAACAGGUGAUCCGACAGGUGCGCUACUAUAACUGGCAGCCCGGACAGCUCACAGAGAGAAGGUUCCGCCUCACCUGCUCGGAGCUCAACGGACGCUACACCAGCAACGAGUUCAACCUGGAGGUGAGCGUACUGCACAGUUCGGAGUCAGGGGAGCAUGUCAAUCACAUGAUAGCCCCGCCUCAGUACAUGCAAGUGGUCCACCACCCAUCUAUGAUUCAUGACCUGUACCCCAGCCACGGCUCAGCCAUGCCGAGUGCCGCCACCGUGGUAAUUGUGAUGUGUAUCGCUGCUCUGGUGGUGGUUGUGGUGCUGGGCAUCUAUCGCAUCCACCUGACCCACCAGCAGGAGGUCAAGCUGGCAGAGACGGCUAAAGAGGCGGACGUGACCUGGGACGACUCGGCUCUGACGAUCACUGUUAACCCGAUGGAGAACCUGGAGGAGCCCCAGGCUGCAGAGGAGGAGGCCAGCGAGGAGGAGGAGGAGGAGGAGGAGGAGGAAGAAGAGGAGGAGGAGGAGGAGGAGGAAGACGAAGAGGAGGAAGAGGAUGACAUCACCAGCGCUGAGUCAGACGACAGCGAGGAGGAAGUGGACGUCCAGCUACCCAGGAUGCAACGCCUGAGCAAGAGGGGCCAAAACUGGGACAAAACAACGAUAUCUUAUUGAAACACACACUCACAGUCACUCACAUGCACACACACAUUCUGCAGCACGUCCAUACUGAAACCUCAAAUCAGAUGGUUGAAACAAAAAGACUUUAUGUGAUGUUGAUGCUCUAAAAAUGAGGUUAUACCCCCCCCUACUGGAAGACUCCACUGAAAUGCAAACAGUGCAAUGAUUUAACCUUAGCCUUGUCAGAAAACCUCCCAUUUUCUACAGCUGAUAAGAAAUAAUACGACACUAAAACUGCUCGUCAAUCAAAAGCCUUUCAUCUGUCUUAAAGGGACAGCUCGCCAAAUUUCGGGCAUCCCCUGAGAGCUGUCUUUCAUCGAGUUAUCUCUCUCCCAUUACAGUCUGCACCACAACUACGAUCCUUAGAGAAAUAGAGUUGUUUGAAUCUCAUUAUGUCGAUGAAUCCCUGCACCAUACAUUCAGUUUGUGUCACAUGUGUUCCACAGUGAGAUUUCUGAUGUCCCAUGAAAAUGCAAAACAGUCUUUAUUUAAGAAAACUGAGUUGCAAAAGUAAAGAAACUGACUAUUUUUGGUUUGUAUACUUCAUGUUAUUUAUCAGUCUUUAUUCUAGCCUACGCGGCAAAGCCAGGUGAUUUUACAGAAAUAGCAUAUUUUCAAUGGUACUCAAAAACAACAAAAAAAAAAAAGAUGAUCUGUGUGUAGUCAUGGUGAACUAGCCGAGGGGUCUGAGUUCUGGGUUUUUGGGAAAGACAGAGGAGUCUCCUUGUAAAUUUUUAUACGCUCCUUUCUUGUAAAUAUUGAGUAUAGUAGGUGACCCCCCCCCCC